AAUUUUGUUUUUGUUUUUUACACGAUAUGUUUACUUAGAUAAUGACUUGUUAUAAUAUAUACAGAACAACUGUAUAUAAAUAUAUCGCGCGGCUGCACCAGACCGAGUCGAAUAUUUAGCACAUUAAUUAUUAUCAUACAAGAACAAAGUUUCACCAUUCUCUUUUCAAUAUUUUCAGUUACUUUCUCUAAUAACCAUUCACUUAUCUUUUUUUCUCUAUAUCUCUGAUUAUGGCUUCCUCUAUUCCCACUGCUGAAGUGAAAGUUGUUCCAGAAAAAGAUAAUUUCUUGCAAAGACAUGUCGCCUACUUCGACAGAAAUAAAGAUGGCAUCGUUUAUCCCUCAGAGACAUUUCAAGGAUUCAGAGCAAUCGGAUGUGGAUAUUUGUUGUCAACAUUCGCUGCCGUGUUCAUCAACAUCAGUCUCAGCAGCAAAACUCGUCCGGGGAAAGGAUUCUCAUUCUCGUUUCCGAUAGAGGUUAAGAAUAUCAACCUUGGCAUACAUAGCAGCGAUUCAGGCGUUUACGACAAAGAUGGACGGUUUGUGGCUUCGAAGUUCGAGGAGAUAUUUGCGAAGCAUGCUCACACACAUCGUGAUGCUUUGACCAACAAGGAACUUAAAGAACUUCUCAAGGCAAACAGAGAACCUAAUGAUUGUAGAGGAGGAAUUUUAGCAUUUGGGGAGUGGAAGGUAUUGUAUAAUUUGUGCAAAGACAAGAACGGUUUGCUACACAAAGAGACAGUGAGAGCCGUCUAUGAUGGGUCUCUUUUCGAACAACUCGAGAAACAAAGAUCUUCUCAAACUCCUAAGAAUCAUUCAUAAAUCUUAAUGUAAAUUCGCUGUUAUGCUCGUGAAUCUGUUUUAGUUAAAUCUUUUAGUAGUUACAGUAAUCUAUGGUGAAGAUUGGGAUGUGUUUGAUUUUCUAGACAUAUAUAGAUUAUUUGUGUAUUUGAUUUACGUUAGUACGUAUACUUGUAAUCUUAUAUGGUUGUAUCUUAUUCAAAUAAAAGAUUAUAUAAUUUAAGUUGAA